UUAAAUAAAUGCGCUGCGAUUAUAUCGCAGCCGGCUCUGCACGACAACUCUACAGUUAGAACACACACACAUGUGCAUGUCCAUGUGUGUGUGUGUGUGUGUGAAGCAAUAAAUAUGUUUGGCAAUUAUCCUGUGCCAGCAUUUUGUGCUUGAACUUCAGCGUGUGUUUGUCUCUCUCUCGACCCAAUUAUUGCUAAAAACAAAAUCGCACAAAAAGCUUUCACCUAACGCUGCAAAUUGAAUAAACAAAAAAAAAACAGCAGCAAACUAGUUUUCUUUUGGCGCUCUUUACUCUGUGUACAACAAAUAAAAAGACAUUAUAAAUUACAAUAUUUGUUAUAUGUCUGUGCGCCAAAGCUGCCAACAACUUGUUUAUUUCAAAAUUUAUCUACACACAGACGAAAAGUCAAAACCUGUAGCUCACACACAUCAGCAUACCAACAUAUGUGUAUCUUAUAAAUAGUGCGCUUUGUUUCGGCAUCACAACAACAAUAACAACAACAACAACAGUCCAAAAACCGCAGCAGCAGCAGCUGAUGACUUGACGUAGGUCAGGCUAACAGCUACCAGUAAAUCCAAUAAACAAAAAACGUUUAUGCUCAAGAGAGUUAAGAAAAUAAUAAUCAUAAAACAAUAAUAAAAAAGCUACAAAAAUCAAAAUUAUGUGCUGAUUGGUUUGCCGGCAACAAGCGGAAUAUUUUACCAAAACCACAAGACAACAAAACGCUCUCUCUUUCGCUAUCUUCCUUUGUGUGUGUGAGUGUGAAAAAUGUUGCACUGGUCACUGUUUGUCAGCUUACUGGGCGUCAUAGUCGCUGUACUGGGUGCCUACUGUGGCUGGUCGCUCUUCCCCAGCAUGAUUCACAAAAAGGUCGAACAGAGUGUUGUCAUUGCUGAUGGCUCCGAGCAAUACAAACGUUUUGUCAACUUGCCGCAACCGCUGAACUUUAAGGUCUAUAUCUUCAAUGUAACGAAUCCCGACAAGAUACAACAUGGCGCCAUACCCAUAGUCGAGGAAAUCGGACCCUAUGUCUACAAACAAUACAGACACAAGAAGGUGAAGCAUUUCUCACACGAUGGCUCCAAGAUAACUUACGUGCAAAAUGUGCGCUUCGACUUUGAUGAGGAUGCCUCAGCGCCCUACACACAAAGCGAUCACAUAGUAGCGCUCAAUAUGCAUAUGAAUGCAUUUUUACAAGUAUUCGAAAGAGAAAUCACAGAUAUUUUGCAGGGUUUUGCAAAUAGAUUGAAUUCACGUCUAAAUCGCACACCCGGCGUACGAGUGUUAAAGCGUCUAAUGGAGCGCAUACGCGGGAAACCGCCAUUUAGCUGGCUAGACGGCAUCUUUGUCAGCCUUAUUGAAGAUGUCAAAUCGGUGCUGCAGAUUAGUGAGAAUGAUCCCGGCUUGGCUUUGCUGCUCGUCCAUCUGAAUGCAAAUCUCAAGGCUGUCUUCAAUGAUCCACGCUCCAUGUUUGUGCACACUUCGGUGCGGGAAUAUCUGUUUGAUGGCGUACGCUUCUGCAUCAAUCCGCAGGGCAUUGCCAAGGCCAUUUGCAAUCAGAUCAAGGAGAGCGGCUCCAAGACCAUACGCGAGCAAAGCGAUGGCAGCUUGGCCUUCUCCUUCUUCGGGCAUAAAAAUGGUUCUGGCCACGAUGUGUAUGAAGUGCAUACGGGCAAAGGCGAUGCCAUGAAAGUGCUGGAGAUACAAAAGCUGGACGACUCGCAUAAUCUGCAAGUGUGGCUCAAUGGCAGCAACGAGGGUGAAACUUCAGUUUGCAAUCAGAUCAACGGCACAGAUGCCUCCAGCUAUCCGCCGUUUCGCCAGCGCGGUGACUCCAUGUACAUCUUCAGCGCCGACAUUUGUCGCUCCGUGCAGUUGUUCUAUCAAUCGGAUAUUCAAUAUCAGGGCAUACCCGGCUUUCGCUACUCCAUAGGCGAGAACUUCAUCAACGAUAUAGGUCCGGAGCAUGAUAACGAGUGCUUCUGCACCGAUAAGCUAUCAAAUGUCAUCAAGCGUAAGAAUGGUUGUCUAUACGCGGGUGCUCUAGACCUGACUACCUGCUUGGAUGCGCCAGUUAUCUUAACGCUGCCUCACAUGCUGGGCGCAUCGAAUGAAUAUAGGAAAAUGAUACGCGGACUAAAACCUGAUGCUAAAAAGCAUCAAACUUUUGUUGAUGUGCAAACACUUACGGGCACGCCCUUGCAAGGCGGCAAGCGAGUGCAGUUCAACAUGUUUCUCAAGAGCAUCAAUCGCAUUACCAUCACCGAGAACUUGACCACGGUGCUUAUGCCCGCCAUAUGGGUAGAGGAGGGCAUACAGCUCAACAGCGAAAUGGUGGCGUUCUUUAAGCGCAAGCUGAUAAACACGCUCAAGACGUUGGACAUUGUGCACUGGGCGGGCUUGUGCGGUGGCGCGGGCGUGGCAGUUUUGGGUCUUAUCUAUUAUAUUUAUCAGCGUGGCGCCAAAGUUGAAAAGCCUUGCAAGUAAUGCGUCAGUUUGCUUAUUGUUAUUAUUAGUUUUAUGGCUUGUUACUAAUACUAUU